UUGCCAUGAGCGCAGAUAUGCUGAAGUUGGGGUGCAUGGUCUUGGCACUGCUUUUACUUGUAAAAGGUUCUCUUGGCCAACUAAACACAUGUGGUCGUGCACCUUUAAACAACCGUAUUGUGGGUGGGCAAAGUGCCUCAGCAGGGGCGUGGCCAUGGCAGGUUAGUUUACAUAGCCCGGUUACCAGUGGACAUUUCUGUGGAGGAUCCCUCAUUAACAAGGACUGGGUUAUGACCGCAGCGCACUGUUUCGAAAGCAUUGGCACUUCUGGCCUGGUUGUGUAUUUGGGGAAGCGGACUCAGGUGGGCGUUAACCCCAAUCAAAUCACCAGAAAAGUCACCAAGAUUAUCCGCCACCCCAUGUACAACAGCAUCACUAAUGAUAAUGACAUCACCCUGCUGCUUCUGAGCUCCUCUGUGACCUUCACGAACUACAUCAGACCCGUGUGCCUGGCUGGUCAAGGCAGCAGUUUCCCUUCUGGUACUCAGUGCUGGAUCACAGGCUGGGGAUACAUUGCCUCUGGAGUGUGGCUGCCUUCUCCUGGUGUGCUGCAGGAGACACAGGUUCCUGUCAUUAGCAGAACUCAGUGUGAUAAGCUACUGGGACCAGGACUCAUUACCAACAACAUGAUCUGUGCUGGAUUAUUACAAGGAGGCAAAGACACCUGCCAGGGGGACUCUGGAGGUCCGAUGGUGACUAAGCAGGGUGCGGUCUGGAUUCAGGCUGGUAUCACUAGCUGGGGUAUAGGCUGUGCUAAUAGAAAUUCACCUGGUGUGUACACAAUGGUGUCCCAAUACCAGACCUGGAUAACCAGCAUCAUCAAAACAAACCUACCUGGCUUUGUCAGCUUUCCCGCUGUGGGUUAAUCCAAGCAGGUGCUAACUCAAAUAGAAGACAGAAGAUGUGAACAUUUACUGUUACAUACCUCCAAUUUUAACACCCACUUUUAUAAUGAUUUGUUUUUCUGUGAUGUAAAUGUAAAAAGAUGUAAAUAAUGAGUUUUAAACUACAUGUUUGGGUAAUGUGAUAAUCUUGUAUCUAUGAUCUAUACCAGAUAUUGGAAUUAUUGGAAAUAUGUUUAUCCUGCAAUAAUUAAUCAUAAUCACGGCCAUGAAUAAAUAAACAGCACCAUUACCCUAAUGAGUCAUCAUUUCUGUUAUCAUUUUGUAGAAAAAUCAGAUCGUUAUCAAUUCCAUUUUAGCCCAAGUACACAUUCAGACAUUCAGACAUCUUCAGUAAGGGUCUGGGUGAUGGUGGAUUUGGAGUCUAUCCCGAGAACCCUAAGCAUGUGGCAGGAAUAAACCCUGGAUGGGAUACUA